CUGUGCACAGUUCAGACCGAUGCGAUCCCGAUCAGCUCCGUGUCGUACGCUCCACAUGGUCCUGGCUCCGUGAAAGUUCGCUGGUCUGUACCUGCUGAUCCAAACGGUGUGAUUCUCUACUAUCAGAUUCGAUAUCGACCUGUACAGUUUAGCAAGGAAGAUUUUCUCUCGAUCAGUCCGGUUCCCGAUCUCAAUCAAACUGUGACUGUGACCCAAUCUGUUGAGUCUUCCCAUACUCACGGUCUCUUUGGUGAGGUGGUUUUGUCCGAUCUGGCUGAAGGAGUCUACGCGAUGCAAUUGCGUGCAAUCUCUUUAGCACGUUCAUCAUCCUGGAAUGAUGGGGAUACAUUUUUCAUUAUCGUUCCUUCUCACUCGGGUGCAGCUGAACACUUGUGGGCCGGUCAACAACCCUGGAUUUUCCUCGUCGGGGCUUUUCUCACUCUGUUCUUGGUCCUAAUCGGUUUUGUCGUGAUGGUGUAUUACGCUCGGCAGCGUUAUCUUCGUGCGACCGCGUGGACGUCCACCAAUCCGGACUAUUGGACAAUUUACGAGGUGGAUAACUGGGAGAUGGAGCGAACUGACAUUGACUUGCUCGACUGGAACUAUCCCCUCGGUCAUGGGAGUUUUGGUACGGUCUAUCGCGGCGUGGUUCGCCUUCUGCGUACCCCGGCUAGUGCGUUCUACCCAGAUCCAACCAAUAUUCUCGUGGCUGUCAAGACAAUUAAUACUGCGACAACGUUGUUCGAUCGUCUAGACUUCAUCAAUGAGGCAUGUCACAUGAAACAAUUUCAAACCUAUCAUCUGGUUCGUUUUCUCGGCCUGGUUAGUAGACCGGAUCGGACGAAUCAUCGAUCUGGGAUUCUACAACAACGCUUGAGAACAUUUUUCUCCAAUUUGUGCCACGGUCGACGGAGAACAGGACCCGUAAAUGCUGACUGCGCUCGAACAAGGACUCGAUCAAAAUGGAUUAUCGGACUCAAUAGAGAUUACUCGUGCCUCGGACUUAUGACGGACAUGCGUUGGUCUUCGCAAUCAGCGAACGGAACCUCUCCAACACACUCAAGUGCAACGCAAGUGAACAAAUCCUCACAUCAUCCCGCGUUAAAUGCAGCCCUGUUUGAUGUGGCUCCGAAUAGCCCCCUGGUCGUCAUGGAAUUGAUGUCUGAAGGAGAUUUGGCCAGCUACCUGCGACAUCUGGGUGAUCGGGGCCUCGGAUCGGUGGAACCAAGUCAAGCGUAUCUGUGGGCCACUCAAAUUGCCGACGGGAUGGCCUAUCUGGCCGCGAAGCACUAUGUUCAUCGGUGUGUUUGCAUGCAUCACUUUCGUCGGUCUGUCACGUUUGCGUGA